ACAUGAUACUUCUCACAGACUCGGUAAGUAAAUAACUCGACUUCACACUAAUAGUAAAAGCUGAUAUUUUAUAAACUUAUCACAUAUAUUACAUUUUAAUCCAGGAAUCAAAUAGAAACAUAAAGAUGAUUUUCAGAUCAUGUUUAUGUGAAGGAGUCUGAUCAGUAAGUGAGAUUCCACUUCCAUCAGUCAGCUUCUUUCCCACAAUGCACCUGUGUGUAACCUCACUGCAGUGUAAUAAUGUACAGAGACGUUUACCGUGUCGAGUAAAAGACACAACAAACACACAGCAUAUAACACACACCACUGACAGACUCCAUCAGAAUGUCUCUCCUACACUUUAUUUUCUCCUGCACUAAUAAGGAGCUACACCUCAGUAUGGGAGAAGAUCUAAAUGGACUGAUGAGUCAUUAAUGUUCUCCAUAUACAAUGUUCUAUAGUUACAUGUGCUGAUAUCAGAACAAUUUAAUAUUUGUCUUGAAGCAGUUGUAUAAAUACACAUACAUUAAUAAUUUGUUUCUGGCUGCAUGAUUUUUCCCUCCACAGUUAUGUUUCUGUACCUGAUGAAUCUGUCCAAUGUGAGCAGAUGAUGAUGAUCACAGUGUAACAGAAUGUUAUGUAGAUUUACUGACUGAUGGCUAACUGUUAAACCUUUAUGAUCUUAGAUUUGUUUAGGAAGAUAAUGAAACUGUUUUAUGACCAAAGUAACAGUUCUUUUCUUUAUUUUAUAAUUUAUCUUUAAACUCAUUCACAACACAUUUACACUUUAUUAUUCACACAAACAGAAACUAUCUGGAGCUCCACAGAGGACAGAACAGACAGUUAAAGACGUCUGUGUUGAACAGAGAGAUAGAACAUGGUCAGAAGAUGAGAGAAAGAAAAUGGAGAAAUCUGCUCUACUGACUGAACUGGACGGAGCUUCACAAUUACUGAGAAAUAAAGACAAGGAAAUCUCAGAACUGAAGAAUCAACAGAAAUCUGAGUUAGCAGAAAAAAACAAACAGCUUGAAGAGAAAGACAGACUUCUAACUGAGAGAGAGACACAGCUAAUGGGAAGAGACAAAGAGCUUCAGGAGAAAGACAGACUUCUGACAGAAAAUACACAAACACUUCAGAAGAAGGACAAGACACUGGAAGAGAAGGAGAAACAGAUCAGUGAAGUAAGAGAAAAAUUAAGAAAAUCAAGUAUGACGUUAGAAAAGAAUCAGACACAAUUGAAGGACAAAGAAAGACAACUGGAGGGUGUGGUGAAAGAAUUGGAAACCAGUACAAAUAAACUGGACACACUGGGACAGGAGCUGCAGGACAAAGAGAGACAACUACAGGACACGAUGAUCGUAGUGGAGCAACAGACAUCUGAGUUAGCAGAAAAAAACCAAGAGCUUGAAGAGAAAGACAGACUUCUAACUGAGAGAGAGACACAGCUAAUGGGAAGAGACAAAGAGCUUCAGGAGAAAGACAAACUUCUAGAGGAGAAAACAAAGCAGCUGCAGGAACAGACAGAUCCAGAAUCAUCAGCCUCCAUCAGGAGAAGAAACAGCAAGGAAGGGUUACAUCCAAAUAUGAGUGAAGAGACUCAGGACUCAGCAGCACCAAUCAGGAGAAGACACAGUAUGGAUGGAAGACGUCCAACAAUGGGUGGAGAAUCGUCUAGUCCACAUCCUCCAGCAUCGGUUCCUGUAGCAGAACUGAGGCUGGUGCUGCUGGGGAGGACGGGGUCUGGGAAGAGUGUAACAGGAAACAUCAUCCUGGGCAGAGAGGAGAGGAACCAGGCUGCUACGUCUACAGCUACAUCUACAGCCACCCAGCAGAGUGAGAGCACACAGGGGGAGGUGGCUGGGAGGAAGGUGACUGUGGUGGACACGCCUGACUGGUUCUCCCCUGAACUUCCUGUGGAGAAGCUGAGACAGGACGUGGGACACUGUGUCCGUCUGUCUGCUCCAGGACCCCACGCCUUCCUCCUGGUCAUACCUCUAAAGCAGCCUACAGGAGAGGAGAGAGGGAUGCUGGAGAAAAUGGAGGAGAUCUUUGGAGAGAGAUGUUGGAGAAACACAAUGAUCAUAUUCAGUGUUACUGAUGAAUGUGAGAAGAAGAACAUUGAGGACUUUAUCCAAUCAGGAGACCAGGAGGUCCAGAGACUUGUAGAGAAAUGUGGGAACAGGUUUCACUGUCUCAACAUUAAUGAGAGUGGAGAUGGUUCUCAGGUCUCAGAGCUGUUGGAGAAGAUAGAGAAGAUGGUGGAAGGAAGCAGAGAGAAAUUCUACAGCACUGACAUCUACCUGGAGAUAGAAUCUCUAAUUAGAGCAAUGGAAGCAACGAUUCGAAAGAAAAGAGAAAAGAAAAGAGAGAGAGAGGAGAAGGACAUGAAAGAAAAAAUAGAGAACGAGGUGCAGGAUUCUCUGAGAAAGAUAGAGGGAGUGAUCGAGGAGCAUGAUAGAGACAUCAAACAACUUAAUGUUCGAACAACUGAACUGGAGAGAAAGAUGAAAGAAGAGAGGGAUGAAGAGAAAAAGAAAGAACUGGAACAGGAACUGCAAAGAGAGGUAGAGCGAAGGACAGAAAUCGAAGAAGAGUUGAUGAAACUAAAAGAAAAGAGAGAGAUGGAGAGGAUAGAGAUGGAGGAGAGGCACAGACAAAAGAUGGAGGAGAUCUGGGAAAUGUAUGAAGGAGAUGUCAUGACAGAGGCAGAGAGAAAGCUCAUGAAGAUCAUCCUGCCUGAACUCCAGACUAACUUUAUAGUCUCAAAAACAAAGAUGCAGGAAGAUUUCAGCAGACAGAUGGAGGAGAAGAACAGAGAGAUGGAGAAUCUUCAACAGAAACUUUUUGAGGUCACAGAACAUUUCAGUAUGCUGAAAGAAGCUUACAUUACAACUGUGCUGGAAGUAACAGACCCAGAACAGGAAUAAAUUUAGUGAAUAAGAUGAAGAAUGUGAUUCCUAACAGACUGAGAGAGUCGAGGAGGACAUUAACACUUUACUUGAAAGCUGAAGGUACAUUUUAAGGGUUUGAUGAUACACUGAUUUGACACCUUCAGGACAAAACCUGUGGAAAAUAUAUUUCAUUGUUAAUGCACAUUGUUUUAUUCACCUUUAAACAACACUAUUAACCAUUUUAUACCACACUGCUGCUCAAUGAGGUUCAUAUUUGUAACAUUAAAUUGAAGGAGUUGAUGGUUUGUGAAAGAUCAGAGCUCACUACAGUUCACUGUAUAAUCAGUGUAACAAAUACAGUGCAUCCUUUUAAACCUCAUGAAGAUCAUCCUGCCUGAACUCCAGAGAAACAUGUUCUCCUGAAAGACAAAGAGUUCAGCAGACAGAUAGAGGAGAAGAACAGAGAAACGUUCAGAGCUCAGAGAACAUCUCAGACUGAGUGAAGAAGUCUACAGGACAACAGUGAUGAGUAACAUAUGAGAUCCAGCAGCAGGUUUAAGACGAGUUUACGCUGCAUUUAUGAGUUUGAGCUCGAUUUUGCUGCUGCAGUAAAAAAUCACACAUCGAGACAGAAUCCUUUUAUUGUGACCUGAGAUCAGCGGUCUUAUAUUUUAUAAUGUGACAAUCAACCAGAGGACGAUUUUGUGCAAUUGUAAACAAAGACAGUCUUAAUAAAGGUCUGGCAUUGUGAGACAUUUUCUCUUGACAUGUCAGAGUGUGUGUGCUGCUAUGAUGUUCAUCUAAAACUCACCAACAGGAGGAGGGUUUCAGAUUAUACCACAUGUGACAUGUAAACUGGUACUGAAAUAGCAGAACUCCAGUUCAGACGCUUUCUCUGUGAUGUGACUGCUUUAUUUUCUAUUUAUCAGCAUCAGAGAAAAGAGAGAGACUGAUGAAGGAAUCACAUCUAUAGCUGUUAUUAUUCCUGUUAUAACUGAUAACUCAGACGUUCCACAGUAUUUACAUGUUAAACUAAAUGGGAAAAGUAACGUGUCAUUCUUUAAUGAAUAAACACUAAGAAUGUUUGUAGUCAGUAAAUAAUCUAUUUCCAGGUGGGAACAGUAACGUAAUCAUUAAUCAUUUUCCUCUAACUGAACACCUCCAAGUGUUUUAUUCUGUAAUGGUGUUAGUUAGGGGAGUCUAUAAUGAUAGAAACACAGGAACUGAAACCAUGUAGUGACACUUUUCCUGUGUUUAAUAAUGUUUUAGUGUCACUGUUACUUCACUAAGCUCUUUUCUCCUGGUGUCUGAUUCUGCUUCUUAAUUCAUACCUCAUUUCUGUAACAGAAACACAAACAGCUGAAUGAGUGACACAUUUCUACAUUAUCUGGGUGUGCAAUAAAAUUGAAUGUGUAUUUACUGAAAGGUUUAUGGAAUGUUUUGCAUGUAGAAAUGUACAAUAACUAUAAUAAAGAGGUCAACAACA